UGUUAGCAGAGCGAGCGCCUGGGAGAACUGCGGGGCUGUGGGGAGCGGAACGCUGGGACUGGAAACACAACACACAGGGACUCGGAGCCGCCGUGUGUCUGCGGGGAUCCGGCGUCUGCUGCGGAGAACCGGGGAAGCCGGGACCGGUGCCCCCCGCACUACAGUCUGGGGAUAACUUGGCUGGGUGGCGUUGGGGAGGGGGGGGCGAGCAGUGAAGAUGAAUCGAAGUUUUAGUAAGUCCCAGACUCUGCGCUAUGUGGCGAGCAGCGCCGUGGAGGUGAAGAGCAAGUAUGGAGCAGAGUUUAGAAGAUUUUCCUUAAAUCGAUAUAAACCUGGGACGUUUGAGGACUUCUACAAUCUUCUCCUUCAGAUCCACAACAUAUCCAAUGUAGAUGUUAUGCUUGGUUAUGCCGAUGUCCAUGGUGACCUUCUUCCAAUUAACAAUGAUGACAAUUUUUGUAAAGCUGUUUCAAGUGCCAACCCGCUGCUUAGAGUAUUCAUUCAAAAGCAAGAGGAAGUUGACUACAGCACCUUUGGCUCUGCAACACUGAACAGAAAGAAGAAAAAUGCUUUGGUGGCAUUACGGAAUGACAGCCUUCGCCAUAAGAAACCUCAUAUCAACAUAAGCAUGCCUCAUGACUUUAGACCAGUCUCUUCAAUCAUUGAUGUGGACAUACUUCCUGAGACACACAGACGUGUAAGACUUUACAGGCAUGGAUGUGAAAAACCUCUAGGAUUCUAUAUACGUGAUGGAACUAGUGUCAGAGUUACCCCUCAUGGAUUGGAGAAAGUGCCAGGAAUAUUCAUUUCUAGGAUGGUUCCGGGUGGAUUGGCAGAGAGCACUGGGCUGUUAGCUGUGAAUGAUGAAGUUCUAGAAGUUAAUGGCAUUGAGGUAGCUGGAAAGACUCUUGACCAGGUCACGGAUAUGAUGAUUGCCAACAGCCACAAUCUAAUUAUUACCGUUAAACCUGCAAACCAAAGAAACAAUGUUAUCCGGAGUAGCCGGAUGUCUGGCAGCUCUGGGCAGUCGACAGACAGCACGGCCAGCCACCACAGCUUACCAUCUGCUCACCUAUUACAGAAUUUUAACCCUGAUGACAUGGAGAGUGACGAUGAUGCAGAUAUUGUCAUUGAAGGUAGCCUUGAGCCCCGCAACAUUCCCAAAUCUCACAGUCUACCUUCUGGAAGCCUUUCCCGACUCAAUGGAAGCAGCCUCAGUCACAGAUUGGAAAGGGACUUAGCUCUUAACCAUUCUGGGCGGGAGAGUAAUGGAAGCAUCCACAAGAUUUUGAGUAGUUUAAAGGCUGACCCAAGGAAUAGCUUGGUGAUACCCAAGGGAGGGGUUGAGGAGGAUGGUACUGUGAUUACACUUUAAACAAUAUGACUGGUAUCAAGGUCUGUCAGUGUGUUCCUUGGCAUACUGGGCACAUGUCUUAAAGGAUAAAUGCUUAAAUCUGAACCUUUGCCUAUGACUUUGAUAUUGAGCAGUUCAGUGGUACAUUAUGUUUCCUAAGUAGGUUUCUGAAUUCCACGCUAGUACUGUAAAGUCAUGUGCUUGGACGCUGUUUUGUGCCUAUGUGAAGCGACCCACCAGUUUUUGCUUCCUUACAGGGUACAUUACCAAAGCUUCUCUUUUCAUAGUCAGUCUACAUGAGUAGAAAAUGUAGUUCAUUCUAUGUUUAAUAAAUGCAGGGCUUUGCACUGUUAAACGGUAAGUAGCAUCUGGUUAUUAUGAUCUAAAACCACUCAGUAUUUCUGUGGUACGUUCUUCAUGUGGUGGCCUGUAACUACCUUUAUAAUAGUCAGGUUACUGGACUUGCAAAGUGAUCACAGCUCUUUGUAGAGUUCUCUCCACAUUUAGGUUUCUAAGGGUGUUUUCACACUGCAUGUGCAGGGUCUGCUGGAGGUAUAUGUCAGGAGGGUUUUCAAACAGCCAUAUAGACAGCUAUAGGCUCCUAUGUUCAGUAUACAGUGCAGCAUACUUUUUUUUUUUUUUUACUUUGUAUGGAAUAGUAAAGCAGACAGAACUAUUUUAGACAAAGGGAAUUAAAGGUAGAUCAGUCUGAAGAAGGGCAAAUGAACACUCUUUUGGCCUCCAUAGAGUAAAUAGGGGCCUAUGGAUAACAUAUGGAGCUGGAGCUUUCUUGGCCCUUACACUUAACAUGCAGUGUGAAAGCAGCCUCACUGUAUAUUUUCUAGUCUAGGAAGCCAAUGUAAACAUUCUGUAUCCAGGUUACUGGGCUCAACAGCUCCACUUGCUGGUCAACUGUGGCAGACUUUGAGAAAACCGAAUCAUGUUUGAGCUACAGUGCAUCGAGAAAUCCGCUUCCUUUUCCCCUUUCUGUGAAUAUUGUGGUUUGUGAAUCAUGUUGUGCUGCCUAAAUCAGAUCUUGUCCUGUUAAGACCAUCCCUUUAAAAAAUGAAUUAUUGUGCUUCCAACAUCUUACAAUGUGUUUCCAUAAGCAGUAAAUAUAUAUAUAUGCCAUACUGUUACUCUGUAAGACAUUGGGAAUUCUAAAAAGAAAUGGCCUAAAUAUGUGUCUGAAGAACAGUAUUGAUUGAACAUAAGAUUCCAAGAAGUGUUCUUACCAACCAUGUUACAUUAAAAAUUUUUACAAUAAAACAUGAACUACGUCAGCCCUGUCCACCUACAGUAAACGGGCGUAUGGUACCAUAAUACUAUUGUGUUAACUAUCAAAUUUGUUUUCUUCAUAAAAUCUUAAAAUUGCUUGUUGUAAUAUAUAUACAAUACCACUAAAUAUUAAAAUGGUCAUUUUUUUUUCCACUUAAGUGUCAUUACAAUCUUCCAGAACAUUUGCCUGUAAAAGAAAACUGUGUUCUGUGGGUAGAGAACAAGGACUAUAUCAUAAAAUAUAUACAAUACAUUCCAGUUUUGUUUAAUUUAAGGUCUCAAAUCUUAAAGGAUAGCUACCAGUGUUUUUAUACAUUUGUAUUUUAAAAGAUGUUAAAUAAAGCCAGAACACUAA